AGGAACUACAAGAAGUUGUCAGUAGCACAGUAACGACAGAGAAGUUGCUAAGGGCAGCGGGACGGACUGUGGAAGAGUAGUAGGGAAACGUCCAACCGGUAGUAACCACGGCGUGAUCAGUUAGACGGUUACGACUGAGACUUGCGCGGCAACAAAAGAAAAAGAAAACAGCUCACUAGCUCAGUUUUCUCGAUCCCUUUAAUCGCACGUUUCAACCAACUCUUCGCAGGGGUCGAAAGAAAGAGAGAAAAAGUAAACAAGAGGUGGAACGGAGAGAGGGCAGGGUGCACCCUGCACUCUGCAGUGCAUACCUGCACAGCGUGAAAUGAAACCGGGAAGACGAAAAGUUCCAUUCAGUGGAAAAGCCAAGAAGCAGCAAAUGCAAGAGAAAAAACAACGUCAACGAACCUUGCUUGUAAAUUCAAAUGAUGAGGAAAGCUGCAGCAGUGAGAGCAAUACUGAACAUAAGAGACAAGUGAUGAAGAUAAAUGCCCAACCAACAGAUACAAAAUCUUUGAGAAAUAAAUAUGCGCUGCAAUUUUUCCAAGAGUCUAAAGAGAAGUUGCAAAAACGCAAGGAACGAGCCUUCAAAAGUAUUGAACCUGCGACUCUCAAAGAUCAAGAAGUCUCAGACGAUUAUUUUCCACCUGGGAUUGACAUGCCGAAGCGACCUCCUUGGGAUUUCAAUAUGACGAAGGAACAAUUGGAGAUGAAAGAACAGAGAUAUUUUACAGAAUACUUGAAUAGCAUGGAGGAGUUAGCUAGCUUGAGUUAUUUCGAAUUGAAUCUAGAAACUUGGCGUCAAUUGUGGAGAGUUCUAGAGAUGUCAGAUAUCUUAUUGAUUAUUGUCGACAUCAGAUAUCCUGUUUUAAUGUUUCCCCCGUAUUUAUACGAUUACGUGACGAAAAAACUAAAGAAAGAUAUGAUUUUGGUAUUAAACAAGGUCGAUCUAGCGCCUCCAGCAUUAGUGGUAGCUUGGAAGGAGUAUUUUCACAAUCAAUAUCCAAAAUUGCACAUUUUAAUGUUUACAUCCUAUCCCACUUACAAUCUCCGUGGUAAUACGAACAAAGAGGAAGGUCUAAAAAAAAUAUCUCGUAAGGGAAAAUUGAAAAUGGCCGCGGAAGGAGCGCAAAAAUUGUUGGAGGCUUGUAAAGAUAUUGUUAAAGAUAAAGUCGAUCUAAGCUCCUGGCAUGAGAAAAUUCAGGAAGAGAUGCAUUUAGAAUACGAUUUAGAUGACAUAGAUCGUAAGGAUAAUGUGAUAAUAGAGAAAGAAGACACCACUUACUUUGAACAUGAAAAAUAUAAAAAUGGAGUUUUAACUAUUGGAUGUAUUGGAACACCGAAUGUAGGAAAGUCUUCCAUGAUGAAUGCAUUAAUGGGCAAAAAAGUCGUGAGUGUGUCUCGCACUCCUGGUCACACUAAGCAUUUUCAGACCAUUUAUCUCACAAAGACUGUGUGUCUGUGCGAUUGUCCUGGUUUGGUCUUUCCUUCGACCGUGCCUAAAGAGUUACAAAUACUAAUGGGUUCGUUUCCGAUCGCUCAAGUCAGGGAACCGUAUACUGCUGUACAAUUUCUAGCUGAAAGAGUGAAUUUACCGAAACUAUUGAAAAUCCCACACCCAGAAAACGAUGAUAUAUGGUCCGCUAUGGAUAUUUGCGAUGGCUGGGCUAUCAAAAAAGACUUCAAGACGGCGCGAGCAGCUAGAUUGGACACAUACAGAGCGGCAAAUUCGUUGUUACGGAUGGCAUUAGAAGGAAAAAUUUGUUUGUACAUAUAUCCACCAAAUUGGACUAUUGAUAAAAAAAAAUGGGAAAAUCAUGUGGAUGUUGAAACUGUAAGAUGGAUUCAAGCUAGGAAUAAAGGCGAUAAUUUUAGUACACUAACUGAAAUGUCUUCUGAUGAUGAAGAAACUGACGAUGAAAGACUGACGGAAUCUUCUGGAAGUGUAGCGAAUAAUGAUAAUGAUAACUCAACGGAAUCAUCAAAUGAGGAAAACGAUAUGCCGCUUGUAGCUAAUAAGUUUUCAUUGUUAUCUGCAGAAUAAUAAAAUAGUUUAUUAUAUAUA